AUGUUCCGGAAGAAGGGGUCGGAGGCAGGCGCUCAGGACACCAGCCUGCUCAUCGCCCUGGACAAGAGCCACUCCCGCCUGUCCAGCGGCUCCUCCGGCACCGUCUACAACGGGGUGCCCUACGCCGGCUUCGAUGAAGAGGAAGAGGACGAUCCCAUCGACGUGCACAGUGACGAAGGCUACAGCCCCAACCUCAGGGGCAACUACUUCCGAGAUGGGCAAACCAAGAUCGACUUCGUGCUGGUCUGGGAGGAGAAGAGGCGCCCCCCGAAGAAGAGGAGGGGGAAGCUGGCUUCCCACGAGGGCAGCAGGGAGGCAGCCCCUGAGGCCAGAGACGACCGGCCACGCGGGCACCAUGAGCACUGGAAGAGGAAGUUCCUCAACAACCUGAGAAAUGCCGGGCUGCUGAUGGAGAAGGAGGAGACGCUGAGCGAGCGGAAGACCAUCCACUACCUGAAGCUGAGCGCCCCGUGGGACGUGCUGGUGUACUACGCCGAGGAGCUGUGCAUGCGAGCACCCCUGCAGGCCCAGCCCAACCCGGACCGGAACAGCUCCGCCGAGGUCCUGCGGAGGCUCUGCAUCCCCAACGCCCUGCAGCAGCACGUCCCCAACAAGCCCGCCGACUAUUACACCUGCGCCUUCCGCAGGUCCAAGCUGGACAAGUUCCUGGGCAGCGACUCCCGGGACUCCUACUUCAGCAACACCCAGAGACAUCGCAUCGUCUAUGAGAUCCUGGCUCGCACCGUCUACGGGAAGCGGAAACGCGCCGAGAUCGGGAUCAACCGGCUGCUGAACGAGCGGGUGUACACCGCUGCCUUCCCGCUGCACGAGGGCCCCUUCGAGACGCCUGAGUCUGAGGUCCCCGAUGAAGCCCUGAACCCUCGCCAAGUCCUCUACCGCUUCUGGGCCCAGUGGGGCUGCUGGUACCGGUACCAGCCACUGGAUCACAUCCGCCAGUACUUCGGGGAGAAGAUUGCCAUCUACUUCGCGUGGCUGGGCUUCUACACAGCCUGGCUCCUCCCUGCUGCGGCCGUGGGCACCGUGGUCUUCCUCGCAGGCCUGGUUGCCAUGGGAACCAACACGCCAGCGCAGGAGAUCUGUGAGAGCGGAGGCCAGUUCCUCAUGUGUCCGCUCUGCGACACCUGUGAGACCUGGAACAUCUCGGAGAUCUGCCCCAUGGCUAAGGUCGGGUACCUGUUUGAUCACCCCGGGACCGUUUUCUUCAGCGUCUUCAUGUCCUUCUGGGCCGUGACCUUCCUGGAGUACUGGAAGAGGAAAAGCGCCACGCUGGCUCACCACUGGGACUGUAUGGACUUCCAAGAGGAGGAGGAGCGGCCCAGGCCCGAGUUCGCUGCCAUGGCCCCGCGGAUGGAGCAGAACCCCAUCACGGGGCUGAAGGAGCCGUACUUCCCCAAGCGGGACCGCCUCUCUCGCAUCCUGACGGGCUCCAUGGCCAUUGUCAUCAUGCUGUGCGUGGUGAUGAUCUUCCUGGUCUCCGUGAUCAUGUACCGGGGCAUCGUCAGCGUGGUGAUGUAUCACACGGGCAACGCCAUUCUCAUGACCCAGGCUGGGAACAUAGCGAACGUCAGCAGCAGCCUGGUGAACCUGGCACUGAUCCUCCUUAUGAGCCAGGUCUACACCUCCCUGGCGGAGAAGCUCACCAGGUGGGAGAUGCACCGGACCCAGACCCUGCACGAGGACGCCUUCACCUUCAAAGUCUUCAUCUUCCAGUUUGUCAACUUCUACUCCUCCCCCUUCUACGUGGCCUUCUUCAAAGGCAGGUUUGUGGGGUACCCCGGGCAGUACGGUACGCUGCUCGGCCUGAGGAACGAGGAGUGCGGCCCCGGGGGGUGCCUGAUCGAACUGGCGCAGCAGCUGUUCAUCAUCAUGGUGGGGAAACAGAUCAUCAGCAACGUCCAGGAGUUCGUCAUCCCCAAGCUGAAGGCCUGGCGGCAGAAGCGCAAACUGGCCAGGGUGCGGGGCACGCAGAUCAGCCAGGAGCCCCCGCGCUGGGAGGAGGACUACGAGCUGAUCGAGUGCGAGGGGCUCUUUGAAGAGUACCUGGAGAUGGUGCUGCAGUUCGGGUUCAUCACGAUCUUCGUGGCUGCCUUCCCGCUGGCCCCGCUCUUCGCCCUGCUCAAUAACUGGGUGGAGAUCCGCCUGGACGCCCAGAAGUUUGUGUGCGAGUACCGGCGCCCGGUGGCCUACCGCGCCCAGGGCAUCGGGGUCUGGUUCCUCAUCCUGGACUUCCUGGCUCAGAUCUCUGUCGUCGUCAACGCCUUCCUCAUCGCCUUCACCUCCGACUUCCUGCCCCGGCUCCUCUACCAGUACGAGCACGACAGCCAGCUGCAGGGCUACGUCAACUUCACCCUGGCCUACUCCCCCCCGCACUACCUGGCCACCGGCAACCACACCCUGUGCAGGUACAAAGCCUUCCGGGAUGCCAAUGGGAACUACACCCUCUUCUACUGGAAGCUGCUGGCCGUCCGCCUGGGCUUUAUCAUCGGUUUUGAGCACGUCGUCUUUUUCUUCCUGCGCCUCAUCGACUGGCUGGUGCCCGACGUCCCGGGGUCGCUGGAGCUGAAGAUCAAGCGAGAGCGCUACUUAGCCAAGCAGGCGCUGGCCGAUAACCAGGAGGUGCUGCUGACGGUGAGUCGCGACUCAGCUUCGCCAGCAAGCAGCCUUUCAUCCAGCAGCAUGAGCUAGUGGCGCCAGCUGGGAGCAGCCCCCGGAGGCUUGGCAGAUGGGAAGGCAGAGCUGGCUGGGGCCGGGCCCCGUCCACACUCCAUCAGGUGACUUGCCACUGGCAGGGCGGGAAGGGGCCAAACCGGAGCUGUCCAGGGGGGCCAGGAAAGCAGCAACGCCCCACAGACGACCUUCCACCUCCAGCGUGCCAGGGCGAGGCUCAUCGGACCCGGAGCCGUGUACCCGGCCUGGGUGUAGGUAAUGAGGCAGCUGGCGCGUGAGGAGUAUCCCGAGCCCGGAGGAGGAAGCUGGCGCUGGCUGUCGCUGCGCUCCUGGCUGAGUCAGCCCAGCGGGCCCCUCGCUCGCCCCCAGCCUGCGAACGCUUUGCUGCCUCCAAGACGGGCGGUGAUGGGUCCAAGGCAAUCGGCAGUGGGAGCCCCAUGCGUCCGGCUGACUCUGGCCCAUGCCGCGGGACCCUCCUAAUCGCUGUGAGUGGGGCUGGCUGUCAGCUUCAAGAUCACCCUGUUCAGAGGCGAGUGGCCCUGGGGCACAGAGCAGCAGCUGGAAGGGUGCACUGAGAAAUGCACUGCAAACGCGGCCACGCGAACGCCCCAGGGAGGAGCAGCGAGACCCCCCUGCUCUGUCCUGUUGUGCAUCCUCCCGCAUGCACACGGUUGGUCUGAGCCGCAGUGGGCCCAUCGCCCAAGGUGCUGGUGCAAUUUACAGCUCCUGUCACGGCCGCGCGGAGAUACCAGUGGGGACAGAGACCCUGUGCCGGCUUUUCCCUUCCUCUCGGAAUCAGUCUGUCAGCCCCAGCUCACGUCCCUUCUGGGCCAAGAUCGUCCAGAGCGGGCUGGGCUGGCCUCUCUGGGGGUCGUGGCUGCAAGGGGUGUGAGGCGGGCAGGAGAGGCAGGGGGCAACAAAUAGACGCCAGCAGCCAGUGCUACACCCAGGCCUCUGUGUCUGUCACGUCCUGUCCCCCUGUCAGAACCAGGCUGUCAAUUUCUCACACUUAGAAUGUUUGUGGAUUGACCCCACCCUGGCGAUAGUGAUGAGCUCAGGUCCUUCCCAAACUGGGCUACGCAGACCUUUCCCUUUGCAUAGGGCAGGGGUCCCCAACGCGGUGCCCGCGGGCACCAUGGCAUCCAUGUGCACCCACCUACAGGCUGCCGGAGAAGCAGCUGCCCAAAUGCCGCCGAGAAGCAGCAACGUCAAGAAGCGCUACCUCGAAAUUCGGCAUUUUGGCAGCGAUUCCUUUUGACGUUGCCGCUUCACGGUGGCAUUUCAGUGGCUGCUUGUCCGGCGGCCAUGGUCCUCGGCGGCUAGUCAUCCGGCGCCCGCCCCAUGGAAAAGGUUUGGGACCACUGGCAUAGGGUACUGGCUCAGUUCACAACAGGGGACACAAUUAGUCAGACCCCCAAGGAGCACAUGCCUUGUUAUAACUAACAAGCACAAAGCUCCAUAAAGGCCAAAGGUUUUCAAGCCCUGAGGUAGCCCACUGACACGUAAUCACGCAGCUGCACUACGAGAUGAAUGGGAAACGGAGCACCUCAGAAGCCCUGAAUCAGGAGCCCAAAGAACCUGAAAUAGGGUGACUUCAAUCAGAUGGUUUUUAGACCCAUCCUUUCCGUAAUGACUGGGCUGCAUAUCCGUAUUCAGUCCCUUUCUGGGGCCAGCUAAGGUUUGUCCCUGUCCAUUAUCCGUGCCCGGUGUCCACAACCAAACUGCCGAUUGUUAACAUUGAUCAUUUGCAUAGAUCAUUUCUUAACAAACCCUAUACAUCUGUACAGCCGAACUAUCUAGGUACCGCCUGGUUACCAAACUGCCAGACUCCGAGACGCCCUGAUUGCAAAAGGGGGCCUUGCAGAAACCAGAACUCAUGACCUGGGGUUACGUUCUCAGGCUGGAAGCACAUGAGCUAAAAGCCCGGCUUUAGCAUGACUAAAAUCCAGCCUUUCCCACGGAGACAGGCAAAGCCUAAAGCCCCCAAUUAUUUGUGUGUGCCAACCAUGUUUCAAUCUAAUAGCCUGACAAAGCUACCACCACUGUACCCCACAUGUCUCGACACUUAGAGCAAGUUACGUUUGUGCAUGGGACGGGGUGAUAGGUCAACGCAGGGCUGGGCUGGGGGGCUCCCUGCCCGUUAAGCCAAUUGCAGCUGGCUCCAAGCUGCAGCCACCAGUGACAUGCAGCUGUUCCAGACCAGACCUGCAGAGGGGCAGGGAGGGGAUCAUUUCAAGGCUAUAGAAAAGCUUCUACCAUGGUUGGAAUGUCCUCCAUGUGCAUGCUCAUUCCCAAGGGGAGCCAUUGAAGGAGGAUGUUCCCUGCCCCGCUCACAUGCAGUCCCACUAGGCACCAAUGGGGGGUGCUGCAGGGUCAAGUCAGAUGAUGCGAUCGGUGGCGUGCCAAGCUCUGCGGCCUCUUCCAAGUCCUUCGUUCGUAACGCUAGCGACUCCGCUGAGCCUGGCUGGCCUGGAGUGUGCGCCCCAGGCCACGUAGAGCUCCUUGUCACGCUGUAUGUGCAGGGGCGGGAAUAAAACCUGGAAUGACCUGA